AUGGCGGCGGCAUGGAGCAACACUUUGAAUUAUAAAAAUGUAUCCGAUCGAUACGUCCUCACUGAAGAAGACAAAAAAGGUGCUUUUGCGAGACAGUAUUUCGAAAUCUAUGAAGCCAGAGUGAAAGAACUGAAACCUCGAAUUCUUGAUAAUGCUGAGCGAGUAAUCGGCAAAGGGAAAUUCAAGCAUGUUUUGUUGAGCGACGCAAAACAAGACGAAGAAAUUUUCAUCACGGGAGUGAUCGUGAAAAGAGUAUUGGCGAGACCAUCGAUCCUUAAAUCUCUUCUGAGCGAAGACAAAGUGGCGUAUGACAAUGUGGAUGACGGAGAGGAUGAUGUCAAAAGAUAUGCAGGAAGCAGUGAAGAUCGCAUCGAGCUAGAAUCAGAGAAACAAACAGUGCGUCUGGAAGGAGCUAUUUCCAUGGAGGAUUGUGCUACCGGAUGUUGUGUCGGCGUUCUUGGAAAGUUAGGAAAGGAAGGAGUAUUCCACGUUAGCAGAUUGGUUUGGCCAGCUGCCAAUGUUACAAAGAAAGCCACAACGGAAGGGACCCUCGUUUUCAUCAGUGGGCUCGAUCUAUCUGGAGACAUCGAACAAGAUAGGCUCACUAUCUCGGGGCUAGAAUUCAUGUCAGACUGGAUGAAUACAAAUGGAGAAGAACAUCAAUGUCCCAGUAUAGAUCGUGUUGUAAUGAUUGGACCAUUUGUAGAGACAAAAUCAAACGGAUGCGAUGUUCAAUCAGUUGUCAGAACCCUUACUCUUUCACGCCCAGAGAGACAAUCCUCUGCCAAAUCUCUCAUCACUGUUGAUAAACUGAUAAGUUCGAUUUCCGAGAAACUACUAGUGAAUACCAUUGAUGUGACACCUGCCGUUGGCGAUCCUUGUUCUUCAAUGUGGCCACUUCCACCAAUUCAUCGAGUAUGUCUGCCUCGUUGUGGGAUGAACGAGAAGAAAGUGAACCUUGUGACAAAUCCGUACGAGUUUGAAGUUGAUGGACUUCGAAUCAUGACGAUGUCGGGAGAAAACGUGACAGAACUGCUGAGAACCUCGCACAAAUGGUCCGGUGCUGAUGUUCUUUCCAAUCUUGUGAAAUGGCAACAUAUCGCUCCGAACUGUCCAGAUACACUGGAUGCUUUUCCAAUUGCUGAGAGAGAUCCCCUCGUGAUGUCUUCUACUCCACAUGUCAUCAUUUGCGGUAACCAACCACAAGCCGAGGUUCGACGUUUUUCAGUCGAUGGAACUGAUGCCUCAUGUCUUCUUGUAUGCCUUCCAAAGUUCUCCAAAACCCGCGUCGCUUGCUUCCUCGAUUUAUCGGAUCUCUCCUUGAAAUGGCAAAAUUUCGAUCAUCAGUUUUAA